AUUUGCAAUUUGUUCGCCGAUGACAGCCGUACGGAACUGUUGUUGGUACGAACGCGAAAGAAGUGAAUUAUUUUGUUUCCGUGCAGGGACCACGCACAGGCAGAUAAAAAUAAAACCGACGAUAGUGUGUGUGUGUGUGUGUGUGUGUGCUGCGAUCAUAUGCUGGAAUUCUAUUCAACACUUGAACUUGUCUUCGGCUGCAUUUGUACCCGCCAUACAGCCGAAAGUUCGUACCAAAACCAGGAGAAAAGAAGUCGUCUUUGCUGAAUCGGAGUUUAUUGAGAACGAAGCGACGACGAGGAUAACAGCGUGUUUGGUAAAAGUGCGGAAUUGAUUGUUGUUUCAUCUGUUAGUAGUUUCAACAAAAGUGAAUAAAUUACAAAGUGUGAUAUAAUACCCAACUAGCGGCAUCAAUUGAACGAAGGAAAAGGAACGAACAUGUUGAGGGUUCGCGACAACAACCACAAUUUCUACCGUGGAAUCCAUUUGCAAUUUCCCGAUGCAGCAAUCGGCUCUAAACAAAGCGGAAUCGACCCGGUUCCCGUUGCCGAGACCUUGAAGCAGUGCAGAAAACUGUCGAAUGCCGCCCAGGAUCAGUACAUCAAGCUGCGAAGCCCCGAUUCCAGUGGGCUACCGUAUUCGGCGAAGAUUUGGUGCGGAGAGGCGUUUUGGAAAUUACAUGGCGAAGGAAGCUUAGUUACCAUUGGGUCGAACUAUGUGGCCCAGGUGUCCAUCGCAGCCAUCCCGGAGCUGGAGGACGCAACCGAUUUCGAGUCAGCGAAGGAACUGCUGCUAACACAUCUAAGGACCGAUAAUGUGUUGGUUGAUCAACUGCAGAAGGAUACGACUGAGGUCGUUGGUUGGGUAGAAUUGACACUUUGUGAUCUGGCAAAUAAAUGUGCUACGAAUACAAAUAGUGCUAUUAGUUUGUUGGAGCUAUGGCGCAUUGCCGAAAAACACAAUUUCAAGUUAUCUGGCGAUUUUUCUGAAGAAGUUAGCUCGAACGAACUAAUUGAUAAUGACUUAAAAGUGGCAACAAAAGAAAUCGUGAAAACGCAUUCUAAGUUAGAAACCCGAAGUCUCUUCCAACGAGGCAUAAAGUGGAUUCAAAAAAUGGUUGGGAAUACCAAUAUUCUAGAACAGUCUUUAAAAACGAUGAUUGAGAACUACAAACAACAUAUUCUAAAAAUAUGCAAUUCUCAACUCCAGCAGAAAAUAUUGCAUUUCGAAUCAAAUCGAUGCUUAUUGAUUAGGGAAGAUGAUGUAAAACUUUUCAGUGGUUUGGAAUGCUGCAUAAGUGAUCAAUUGUUUCGAGAAGUGUUGCCAAAAAUAGAAACGAAAUUUGCUAAACGUGUCGCUGCUAUUAAAAAAGUGGAUUAUUACGGGUCCCUCCCUUUGGUGAACGGUGUCUAUUUUCAUGUUUGUAAAAGUAUGAUAGAAAUUGCGAAACGAGUCGAAAUGGAGCUCGAUAUUCAGGACAUUCUAGAAUACGAAAAUGAGUGGAAGAUAAAUCGCAUCGAUAACAAUCAAGUCGCGUCCAAAACUUCCAAAUGUUGGGUCAAACAGCUUGAGAUGCUGGUCAGUUUUGCAAACCACUACGAACCUGGCAAACCCACCGCAAGAGAGAACUAUCCUUAUGAAUUCAAGAGUGACCUUUUCAAGCGAUCGCAAUUCAACUACACCGAUUUCUCCGUAUGGUUCUAUCUCGUGGACGCGACUGUGAUGAGCGUUUUUCAAGAAAACAUCGAAAGAACCUCGCUCAUACUAGAUAUAUUUUACAAAUGUGUAUCGACAGUGGAGCCACUGGUUAUAUCGCAAGAAUCUGUUCGCAUGGUUGCCCAUAACACAAUUGAGUUUGUGGCACAGAUCGAGCAAAGUGGAAUAGGCAACAACGCUAGAGACGCGGAAAUCCUCCGAAUGCAAAUUUCGUCUAUAGGAUCAGAUUUUCUGAGCUCAUCAUCAGUGUUUACACAGUACCGAGAUAUAAUGGAUGUUUUCACAAACUAUUGGGAGCGUAUUAACGAAGUCAUUCCUAAGCUGUCGAGCAAACUUGAGGGAAAACACUUUCAUCAACAAGUGGAUGAGAUCGCAAGCAAGCUUUCAAUUAUUACAUCACAAGUUCUUGACAAAAAAGCACCUUCGAAGGCCUUGACCGUUUUCUUCAGAAUAUACAACGAUCUAUUGACGGACCUUCAAGAUAUACCGCUAGAAUGGUAUGUGCGAGUUCAUCAAAAACACAUAAAAAACAACACACUUUAUAAGCGUACAGUCCAAAAUGUAAACAAUAGACUGUCUUAUACUGAUAACGCGUGUCAUCGGGUCCAGAAAGGAUCAUAUGAUAAAUUUGCAGGAUUAUUCGCUCCUGACGAAAUUCCAAACCACUAUCAAAUUGAUGUGUUGAAAACACUGUUGGAUGAAAUCAACCGGAUUGGGCAAAAGCAGGAAUGGGAAGAUGGUGACAGGCUGUCUGUCAGCGAUCAAAUCUAUGUUACAGGUCUCCUUAUCAACGCCAUCCGAAGCUCUCUGUUAUACCUCAAAGAGCAACCCGAUUAUAUCGACUUCGAGGCAUAUUAUGAAGAAACCAUCAAACCAUUCAGCAGUGUGAUCGACGAAAGUGAAUCCCUCGAGAACUUCGCCAAACGCGUAGAGCUGGUCAAGGAAUCAUUCUGGUACAUCCGCAACCAGACCGCCAUCGGAAUCGACAAGGCACUGGAGUUGUUCGAUUUGCAAAAUUCGAAUUUCGAUGAAGAUCUUCUGAAAACGGCUUUCCAACUGUAUGAUGAUCAAUACCUGGAGUACAUGUCAGCCAACAGCGAUUGGAAGGAUUGCGGUAGAAUAGAACUCAUUGUGGAGCAUCUUCGGGGCAAAACCAAAUCAAUGCCAAGCUCCAAGUGGACGUCAGCGUUCAAACAAACGGUUAUUCCGACCAUCCUCGCCGGUUUGGGAGCCGUCUGGUCAAUCAUGAUUUCAAAGGAUGUCGCCAGUUCGGGGAAAUUCCUAAAACUCCACUCGAUUCAAGUUCUCAGCAUUUUCCGACUGCUGGGUGUUGAUGUUGCAACUGAAGGCGUGGACAAACACUUGGCAGAGAUAUUGACCGGUCAGGGUAAGUCAGUAGUGCUGGCACUAGCCGCUGCGGUAUUAGCUUUGUUCGGCCAUGAAGUUGUUAUCGUGUGCUACAGCAGCUAUCUAGCCGAGCGUGAUGCUAAAGAUUUUCAAGCCUUCUUUGCAAAGUUUUCAAUCGAGUUCAAAAUUAAAUACAAGAUAUUCGAAGAUAUGGCCUGGCAUGAAAUUCAAAGCCUAUAUGGUAAAGCAACGAAAUAUGUGAGCAAAUGUAUCGGGGUUGCAAAUCCUACUGCAAGCAACAAUUAUACCGCAGAUUAUAGCAAUACUGUACUUUUGAUUGACGAGGUUGAUGUCUUCUUCAUGGAUAAAUUCUACGGCGCUACCUACAAUCCAGGAUUUUUACCGGUAGUUGCAGGGCUUGGAAGAAUUCAGCAACAGAUAUGGGAGGCGGUGCAGAGAAAUACCGAAUCAGUUGAUAUAAAAAACGAUGUACUCUCAUCGAUAAAUAUUGUGUUCAAUCCCAAACUAGCGAAGCUAAGGGCAUUCUUGCAACGACGAGAGCGUUAUUCACUAAUUAAUUUUGACGAUGAAGAGUUUGAAGUUCCGUACACGAAUGAAUCUCUAUUUGACGAGCACCUGGAUAAAAUGAUAUCUACUGCUAAGGAAGUUCAUAGGCGUGCAUUAAACGACGAAUGGAUUCGCAAAUUCAGAAUAGAUACGAAUGGUAACAUUACACACCAGGACGCGGUUGGAGUUUAUCGAUCAACUUACUACUGUGGCUACUACAACAUUUUCGUGUAUUUCAAACUGCGACAAUUUAAUUUCGCCCAAACUGUGAAUGGGACGAACAACUUCGGUUACCUAAACUUGACUUUUGCCUCAUUUUCAUACGCCAAAUUUCCGGAAAAGUAUCCUCUGAUCUUAGGCGUCACAGGUACACUUAGUGGAAUGAGUGAUUACGAACAGGCUGCUAUUGAAAACUAUUACAAAAUUCGGCGCAACUCCAUCAUGCCUUCAUUCUUCGGUGCUACCAAUCUGAAAUUUGAUGAAUGGGAAGACUUCGAAUGUUACGGAACUAUUAAUCAGUGGAAAAAUGCUAUAUUCACUAGAGUCAACGAAAUCAUCAACGAAGAUCGAUCAGUGAUCGUAUUUUUCGAGAACGAAGCCGGAGUCACCAAAUUCAAAAACUGCUUCCAGUCGCAGCUGGAUCGGCUGCACGAGAUCACCAUCAAUACAGACGCCUAUACCCGGGAGCGGUACAUCGCCGAAGCAGGCCUCAGCCGUACAAUUACCCUGGCAUCACGCGAGAUGGGUCGCGGAGUCGACUACAAAUCCUCCCUGGCCGUGGAGAAGAACGGCGGGAUCCACGUCAUCCAGACGUUCUUCUCUCUGGACGUCAAAGAGGAAACCCAAAUCAAGGGUCGCACGGCUCGGAAGGAUAAUCGCGGAAGUUACGAGUUAAUCGUUUGCUACAAGCAGCUCUUGGAUGGGAAGCUAGUGCAGCUUCACGACAGUAUCGACGAAAUCGAUUACGUGUUCCUCCAGAACCGUAGAGAUUACCUGACGGCAAAAGAUAGUGAAAUCAAGAGAAGUAAGCUGGCGAGGGCAAAUGCUGCGCAUGAGAAGUCUAUGAAAUUUUGCGAAGAAAUAUAAUUGUGAAGAACGUCUAUAAAAAGACAAA